AUGAGAAACUAUACAGCAAUAACAACUUUUAUCCUGCUGGGACUGACAGAUGACCCACAACUGCAAAUCCUGCUCUUUAUCUUUCUAUUUCUCACCUACAUCUUGAGCGUAACAGGGAACCUGACUAUUAUCACCCUCACACUGGUGAACUCCCAUCUUAAAACUCCUAUGUACUUUUUUCUGAGAAAUUUCUCCUUCUUAGAAGUGUCAUUCACCACUGUCUGCAUUCCUAGGUUCCUGUAUAGUAUAUCAACAGGGGACAAUACUAUUACCUACAAUGCUUGUGCAAGUCAAAUAUUUUUUGUUAUUCUCUUUGGAGCAACUGAAUUUUUUCUCCUGGCAGCCAUGUCCUAUGAUCGCUAUGUUGCUAUCUGUAAACCACUUCAUUACAUGACCAUCAUGAGCAAUAGGGUGUGUAGCUUAUUAGUCUUCUGCUGUUGGGUGUCUGGCUUGAUGAUCAUUCUCCCACCCCUUAGCUUGGGCCUCCAGCUGGAAUUCUGUGACUCCAAUGCCAUUGAUCAUUUUAGCUGUGAUGCAGGUCCCCUCCUGAAGAUCUCAUGUUCAGAUACAUGGAUGAUAGAGCAAAUGGUUAUCCUUGUGGCUGUAUUUGCACUCAUUAUCACCUUAGUGUGUGUAUUUCUGUCCUACACAUACAUCAUCAGGACGAUUCUGAGAUUCCCCUCUGUCCAACAAAGAAAAAAGGCCUUUUCCACCUGCUCAUCCCACAUGAUUGUAGUUUCCAUCACCUAUGGAAGCUGCAUCUUCAUCUAUAUCAAGCCAUCAGCAAAAGAAGAGAUAGCCAUAAAUAAAGGUGUUUCGGUGCUCACUACUUCUGUUGCACCCUUGUUGAAUCCCUUCAUUUACACUUUGAGAAAUAAGCAAGUGAAACAAGCUUUUAAUGACUUCAUAAAGAAGAUGACAUUUCACUCAAUGGAACUGAAGUUUUGA